ACUUACAUGAUACGUUUGCGUCGUGACAGUCACGUGCUAGGUAGAAUUCGUUUACUUGCUGUAACUCACGAUGGCUCUCAACGAUCAGGAAGUCGAAAAGCAGAUCCGUCACAUGAUGAAUUUUAUUCAACAAGAGGCCACAGAAAAGGCAGAAGAGAUUGAUGCCAAGGCUGAAGAAGAGUUCAGCAUAGAAAAGGGCCGCCUCGUGCAGCAAGAGAAGAUGAAGAUUAUGACCGUGUACGAGAAGAGAGAGAAGCAGAUUGACCUGCAAAAGAAAAUUCAGAGGUCCAACCUGCUCAAUCAGGCCAGACUGCAGGUGCUUAAAAGGCGUGAUGACUCUGUAGAGCAAUUGUUGAAAGAGGCAAGGUCUCACUUGUCUAGAAUCACGCAAAAUAAAAAGCAAUACCAAGAGCUAGUGAAGCAACUUAUCAUACAGGGCUUGUAUCAGUUGUUAGAAGAGAAUGUCACUAUUCGUUGCAGGAAGGAAGAUGUUAAUGUAGUGGAGUCUUCACUGGAUGCUGCCGCUCAAGUGUAUUAUGAUGGCACCAAGAAAGAAGUCAAGAUGAAAGUUGAUAAGGAAAACUAUUUAGGAAAUGAUGUAUCAGGAGGAGUAGAACUAGUUGCACAAGGUGGCAGAAUCAAAGUGGUGAACACACUAGAUAGCAGAUUGGAGCUGAUAAGCAGGCAGAUGAUUCCAGAGGUGCGCAUGAGGCUCUUUGGUGUGAAUCCAUCGAGGAAGUUUGACUUCUGAAGCUCUGAAUCAUUAUAGAUGACUCGAACUGAUAAAUUGUAUCUUACGCAAUUGUCUUUACAAACACCGACAAUCACAACAUAUUGUAGUCACGUAUUUUACAUCUAAGUACGUAUAUUGUAGAUUAAUUAAUAAAAUGGAUGCAUUUGAUUGCAACCAGUCUA